AUGCCAGGUCCGCUAGCGGCAGAGGAGGCGGCAGCGGCGGUUGCCGCGCAGAAUUCGCCGUCGAAUCCGGCAGUCGACGAGGAGGAGGGAUUGGGAGAUGACGUGGAGGAAGGCGAGGAAGCAGCAGAGGAGAAAGGGGCGGGAGGACAGAAGAGCAAGAAGAAGAAGAAAAAGAAGGGCAAGAAGGGAGGUGGGGCGCAGCAGCAGGGGCAGGAGGAGGGUGCGGGUGGGGCCGUGGAGAGUGGGCAGGCAGCAUCGAAAGAUGAAGGAGCAGGGGAGGGAGGGGCGGAAGGGGAGGGCGCUGAUGGUGGCGGAGCAGGGGAGAUCUGCGACUACAAGGACGACAACCUGUGGCGCAAGACAAGUGCAGAGAAGCGCGAGCAGGAGCGUCUAGAGUUCCCCAUCCUGAACGACCUCCGGCAGGCCGCGGAGGUGCAUCGGCAGUCGACUCAAAAGUCAUGUCGUUUGUUACCAUGGCACACGACACAGGAGCGGGUGGAGUUCCCAAUCCUCAAGGACCUCCGCCUCGCCAGGCUGCGGAGGUGCACCGGCUG